AUGGCUGAUAAUAUCGGUCGCAGAAAGGAAAAUAUCGUCGACUUGAAUAAAUAUCUAGACAAACGAAUUCGAGUGAAAUUCAACGGUGGUCGUGAAUGUAGUGGAAUGUUGAAAGGUUAUGAUCAACUAUUAAACUUAGUACUCGAUCAAACAAUUGAAUAUUUACGUGAUCCGGAUGAUGAAUACAAAAUCAGUGAGGAUACACGACAGUUAGGAUUGGUUAUCUGUCGAGGUACAUCAGUUGUUCUCAUAUGUCCAUUAGAUGGCAUGGAGGAAAUUCCGAAUCCAUUCGUUCAACAUGAGUGA